AUGGAGGGCGUGAAGAAAUGGUUGACAGAAAGGAAUCCAAGGAAGAACGGGAUGUACGUGCAUUAUAGUCCACCAAAAUUGGUGGGCGCAGUAUCGGCAGCGCAGCUUCGCCAGUGGGCGCGCGGUGGUGCCGAGAGCAGGCUGGAGCGAGCAGUCCUCGCCGGCCAAGGUCGGCGCCUCCUCGCCGAGACCGAAGGCCUAUCGCUAUCCAACCACUUACCAACAUUAGUCGCCAAGUGUGAUGCACUACAUGCAGCCGUCGAAAAAGGGUCCCUGCUUGAGCUCCAGGAGUUGUUGGAGAGCGACUACAACCGGCGUAAAUACGUUAUGUGCCGGGACGAGGCCGGCGUCGGCUUGCUGCAUAAAGCCGUCUUCUACGACUAUAUGGACAUCGCAGAGUAUCUCGUUAGGAAUUACCCGCAGCUGGUGCAUCAGAAGGAUUCUGAAGGUCGUACGCCUUUACACUACUCGGCUGUGAGCCGGGACUCUGCUUCACUGGCGGCGCUGCUAGAGGGCGCGGGGGCGGCGCGAGGCGCGCGGGACGCCGCCGGCCGCACGCCCGCACAUUACCGCGGACAAGCGCGAGAACUGCUCGCGCUACCCGACGCCAUGGCGCGCGACAACAAGAACGCAGCACCGGCGCAAGCGCGUCAUCAUUGCUACUUGAUUCGGCGAGUAUGUAGUGAUGCGGUAGACGGUAUCGAUUGUCUGGUGAUUAAGCGUCACAACAUAAGGAUAUGGUGCCAUGAUUGUGAUAUGGCGCGCUUGCAGCGCGUGGUGUGGGAGGGACAUGGCUCUCGACUUCUCAGCGAAGUGUCCAACCAACCAGUCGUGAAGAAAUUUCUAGAAGCUGUUCCUUAUAUCAUGAAUACCAUCAGGGACAUCCACGCGGCUGUAGUGCAGAAUGACCUCGAAGGUCUGAUGAAACAUGCUGGCGAUCCUGUGCCACCACAAGCCCUGUCCAGUAGGGACGCAAACAAUAUGACAGUUAUGCAUAAGGCGGCAGGUUUAGGCCACGGCGGUAUCCUGAAGUAUAUUGCUGAAAGGUACCCACAAGGUAUAAACGAUGUAGACAAUGAUGGUCGCACACCACUACAUUACGCUGCAGCUAUGCGGGACGACCAGCAUACAUACAACACACUAGUCAGUCUUGGAGCUGAUGAAAGUGUCGUCGACAACAAAAAUAAGACUCCAGCCUAUUACAUCAAUAGGCCCCAGGAAAUAGAUAAAAACAUGUUCAAAACACUACCUGAUGCCCCCAGAACACCAUCAAGUGCCUACCCAAAUUCUUGGGACUGGAAGUUAUUGGACACUGAAGUCAUAGCUGAACUAAAUAAAAAAUCUAGGAGGAAGAACCAUAAAGCGUCCAAUGAAAAUAUUUCGUCAAAAGACACAAACACUAACACAAUUUCUGAAAGUACAGACAAUCGUAUUGGGGGGAUGAAGGGCAGUAGCACGCAUGAACUCAUUAAUAAUUUGCCUGAACUAGAUGAUGCAAAACAAACGAAAGACGAUAUUGAAAAUCACAUUGCAAAUGUAGAAAGUAACAAGGAAUCAGACGUAGUUGAAGAAACUCAUGAACAAGAACAAGAAAACGAACAAAAUGCAGAAGAAACUGAAGAUAAACAAGAUCAUGCCAGCGAUGCCGAAGAAGCAGUGGAAAAUGCUGAGGAACAUGCUGAAGAACCAAAAGAACCUGAAGAAGUGGUAGAAAAUACAGUGAAUGAGUCAAAUGGCGACAAACCAGCCGACGAUGAAAAACCUAGCGAAGAUAUUGAGGAAAAUCCAGCAGAGAGUGAAGAAAUUGCAGAAAAUAAAGAACAAAUCCAUGAAAAUGCAGACAAAGAAAAUAAAGAUCACGAAGCAGCAAAUGAAGAAAAUGAAAAAUCCGAAAUCGAAACGGAAGCAGAAAAAAAUAAUGCAGAAGAAUUUGAAAAUAACGAAACCGAGCAAUUGAAAGACAAUGAUAAUGUGCACGAACAUAGCACCGACAACGACGGCGUAGAGCAAAAAACUGAGGAUAACGGACCAGAUGAAGACUCAAAACCAGAGCUACACGAUAAUGAACCAAAAGAAGAAACUCAAAAUAAUGAAAUGCAUAAUAAUGAACAUGAAAAAGAAAAUCACAGAGUAGAAUCUGCAAAACCAAUUUCUCAACAUGAAGAAGAUAAUAAAGACAAUGAAUCCAAUCAUGAUGAAAAUGAAAGCAAUGCAGAUGCAGAGGAUUUUGGUGCUGCGUCAAAUGAAGGUAAUACCAAUGGUGAACACACUGAAGAUGAUGAUGAUGUUCAAGUGCAAGGAGAAACACAGUCUGAAUAUAGUGAUUCGCAUCUUAAGAGCACAGCAGAACUGCCUCACUUGGGAAGUGCCAAGAGAGGAAACGUGACCGACGGCCGAAGCACACAGGAAAGUCUUAUAGAAGGUGUAGUGAAUGGUGAAGCCGAGAUGGACUCACAGGAUGCAAGUAUGACGCAAAGAGACGGAUCAUUGCACGGAGAAGUUCUCGUAGUUGAUAACGAAAUAGAUCCAGAAGUAACUGAUUUAAUUAACAAUGCAAAUAUGGAAAUGUUAGCCACAUUAGUAUUAAACGGAGAAGGAUCAAGGCUAAUAGGAAGACAUUCUAGAAACUCUGAAUUGCAAGCGUUUCUUGAUAAUGUACCAACUUACAUGAACGGAAAGUCAGCCGAAGAAUAUCAAAAAAAUCCAACUCUAUUACCUUUUCAUCAAAUGUUGUCAGAUUAUGGCAUAAGUGAAGACGCAGCGCAAAGCAUGUUCUCCGAUAAAGUAUGUCUAGUGCCCGAGGAUCAAGUCUCAUCUCGGCGAGCUCUGGAUACGCCUGAAGCCUUGGAUACCUUGGAAAGAUGUUAUCACCUGUUAGCAUCUGCAAGACCAGCUCGAACACCAUUAUCUGCAUCGUCCAACAGAGCUACACCACCACUCGUACUCGCACGGUUCCUAAAAAAGCCAAUUUUCGAUAUCAUAAAAUAUAGAAUCACCAAAUUAGACCAUGAUCUCUUUGAUGUCAUCUGGCCUGCUGUCAAAAAGCUCCCAGAUAGCAGGAAUAUUAUUCAAACUGUUGAGGAAGAUUUUCCCGGGGGGAUAACAGCUCCUGAUUAUUAUGUGUACGACGUAUUCAAUGAGUUUUUGAUACCGCUAGUUAAAGAUCUUCAUAAUAUUAAUGUUAAUUCAGAAUUGCCCACACACCCCAAAUCAAACUUUAUGGGUACUUCAUCAGCCAAGCUAUCUUCUGAACCUCUAGUAGAAAUAAAUAUUGACCCCAACGACGAAUUUAUUCUAUCAGGGGUAAUAGAAUGUUCACGCAAUUUGGAAGGAUUCGAGCUUCCAUUAAACUUGAAAGUUGGUAAAUUGGAAACAAUAGAAAGAAUUGUAACCACACUUUUGAUGAAGGAAGAGUUUUCAAAGUUUUGUGAAUUUGCUAACCCUGAAUCUGACCAAAAAGGUGGAACAUAUUACACGAUGAAUGAGGUUUUAGAAAAGCCAUCAGAAAUAUGUGCCACAUUAGCAUCUAGUGGUCUUCUGAUAGCUCUUUGCGAUAGAGAGGAGAUUGAUGACUGUGCGAGGUUACAUGGGAAGCAUUGGCCUUACGGUCGUGGCGUAUUCGUCACUGAUGACAGAACUGUAGCUGUGUGGAUAAAUGUACAUGAUCAUAUACGUGUACUUGUGUCCUCAGCACAAGACUCACCGGGGGAAAUUGGAUUACCCUUCAGCAAACUUUCAUACAUCAUGACUUAUCUUCACGAGAAACUAGAUUUCACGUGGGACACUAAAUUGGGAUACCUUUCUGCGAGGCCCACGUUUCUGGGAGCAGGCAUUCGAUUUAGCCUUAUUGUUAAUUUUCCGGGACUAUCAAAAGAUCCUGAUAACAUGAAACAUCUUUGUGCCAUGAGAGGACUACAGUACCGAGAAACGCUAAGUCCUGAAAUAGCUAGAAUUAGUAACUAUCAGUGUUUAAGCGUUACGGAGACGAGUUGCUUCAACGAUUUCGCGACGGCGACAUCAAAUUUACUACACCUCGAAAAAGAUUUAUCGAUGCAAAAUUCAGCACACAUUGCAACGAUGUUGUCAAAUAUUUUCCGUAAAAAAAGAAAUAGUAUAACUAGUCACGAUAGCCCAGAGAAGAGGGAGAAAUAUUAG